AUGAAGGUUCUGGUGCUGAGUCUUCUCCUUGGUCUGGUUUGUGAUGCCCAAGAAGCGGAUGAUCAGAAAGGUCUCUCACAGCUUUCAGGAAAAUGGAGAACUGUGUACAUCGCCUCCACCAGCCCAGAGAAGAUUGCUGAGAACGGGCCAUUCAGAGUUUACUUGUGUUACCUUGUCUUUGAUGAUGAACAAGGCACAAUAGACAUCUACUUUUAUGUCAAGUUGAACGGAGAAUGGGUAGCAAAACAUGUCACAGGGGAAAAGAAAGAAAACAACACUUAUGUUGUGGAGUAUGAGGGUGAAAAUAAAUUUGAAGUUAUUUAUGCAUCUGACACUGUUCUGGUAAUAAGUGUUGUCAACAAGGAUAAGAAUAGAAAAUGUGGGGAGAUACAGUUGGCUGGAAUAUUUGUUAAAGUAAAUGAUAUUGAAGAGAAAGCCUUGGAGAUAUUCAAGGAGCUGUUGAAACUGAAAGGGAUUGAAGAAAAACAUAUUGUGAAUUUCUUCGAAAGUGGUAAUUGA